GGCGUUUAUCAAUUAUUAGCAGCAAGCCGCACGGCCACACGCAUCAGUGCAGCUCGUUGAAAGCUUAUCUUUGCAUUUUCCGGUGUAGAAAUUUGUACUACGCCAAGCAGCGAUGAUCAGGAGCAUUGCUUUGUGUAACUUGUGAAAGCUGCGCAAAUUUUAAUUCGCAAAAACGGCUUCGCGAGUUUUCGGAUCACUCACUUUCUGUUAAUUGUUUUCUCCGCAAUAUACGCCUACGACUUACUUGAUUGAAACUUUCAGUAUCAGAUUUCAGUCAUUGCAUAAAAUUUAGCUAUGAAAAGUUAAUAACUGCCAAAAUGUAUUUAACACCCUUGAAAGAUAUUUUAGCAAGCACUGCUUCAAUAUGUACCAUAUUGCAGUUCUUAGCUGGAAUUUUGGUUUGCAAAAAAUUUGCCAAAAACAAAUCCACCGGAGAUGCAUCAGGCUUGGCAUUUGUUACUGGUUUUUUAUCCUGUAGCUUAUGGAUGUUGUAUGGAUUUUUAAUUCAAGAUAAAUCUAUAGUCAUUGUCAACUGCGUAGGAGCAUCGUUACAGUUCUUCUACACUUUUACAUUUUACAUUUACACAAUAAAGAAAAAACUCAUUGUUGAACAAAUGUCUAUUGCCCUGGCAUUUAUUGGAAUUAUGCUUUUUUAUUGGCACAUUCAAGAGGAUAUUUCUAUGGUUACUCGACAUGUUGGAUUGAUCAGUUGUGCAUUAACGAUUAUGUUUUUUGCCUCACCUUUGACCAUGCUAGCUCAUGUUAUAAAAGUUAGGAGUGCUGAGAGCCUACCAUUUCCAAUUAUUUUAGCAACUUUCAUUACAUCUUGCCAAUGGUUUCUCUAUGGCUGUAUCAUAGAUGAUUUUUUUAUUCAAACCCCUAAUUUUUUGGGAUGCAUCUUGAGUGGAUUUCAACUUGCAUUAUUUGUUGCAUUUCCUAAAAAAAGAUCCGAUGAAGAGCUUUUAAUAUAAGAAUAAAUCAAACUGAUGUAUUUUUUAAUGAAUAUUCACUAAGUGAUUAUGUACUUUGUUAAGGUAAAUAUGUACAGUUGUACAUAUAAGAUAUAUUUACUGUGUUUAUAAUUAUUGUAAGACUGUGAUGUCUCAGUAUGUAGUUAGUUGAAUGCUAAUUGUACAAUGUGUAUGUAAAUAUAUAUCUAUGCGUGGUGUGCAUGUAAUUUAAAAUAAUACAAUUGUAAAAAAGAAGAAAUAUAAAUUUUUUACAUUAAAGUUGCAUAGAUUGCAAUUGACAAUGUUUGAAAAAUACUCUACAACGAGAUUUUGUAAUCAAAAUCUUAAUGAAAAUAAUAAAUUUAUUUUAGACAAA